CGCUGCGAUACAUACGUUGCAGCGUUGGUAGCUAAAAUGGCAUCCAGAAGCAUUUUAGCGCUUUGCACCUUUUGCAUCCUUCUCGGUCUCACUGCAGCGAGGCCUGCGCCGACGACCAAGUAUGUCCUGGUGUUCUUCGGGGACAGCCUUACUGACACCGGAAACACUCUUCGAGACGGUGGCGUGCCUGACCCAUCUAUUUACUACAAGGGCAGGUACACCAAUGGGCCGAACUGGGUAGACCGUCUUUCUCAGGCAGUGGCUGCGAAGUACUCUACCAAGGUCUUCAACUACGCCUACGGGGGUGCCACAGCGUGCCCCAAUGCGGCGGUCAGCAGUCUCUUCCCCUACGUGAUGCAUCUGCCCAACCAAACGGCGAAGUUCCUGAACGAUCUCCAGUUUGGCAGAACGAUCCUUUCUGGUGAUGAGAGCGCCAGGAUCCUACCCAUUCAAUGGAUUGGCAGCAACGACGUGCAGGAUACGAUGGUCAAGCAACUCCAAGGCGUGAACUUCACCAUGGCUGAUGUGCAAGCAUUUGUGAAGGGCGUUGUGGCGUGCCGUCUCCAAGCAGCCAAGUCCCUACUCGAGGCGGGCCUGCCGUUCGUCGUGAUGCUGCCCAUGAGCCCCCUGCACAUUGCGCCUGCGGUGCCUAGCGCCUUCAAACCGAUGGUGGCCCAGCUCGAAGUCGCCCUUGACGCGGCCCUGGCGACCGGGAUUGCCGCCGUACAGUCCGUGCUCGAUGCCUUACCGCCGGGCUUCCCGGGCGCUGGCGGCAAACUGCACCUUCUGGGAGAUGCCUCCUGGAUCCAAGCGGGAACGACACAGAUUAAGCCGGCGUUUAAGAAUAUGACAGGAUCCUGCUUUUCGAGCCCUGUGUCCUCCAUGGUCAUCUCACCUGGCAUCAAGCUGUGCGCCAAGCCGGACAGCUACUUGUUCUAUGAUAACAUCCACGUCAGUCAGCGCUUCCACCAGUGGUUUGCCAUGAAGGGCGUUCUGCCGCGCCUGCAGGAGCUUGGCCUGCUGCCUAAAAAGCUGUAAGGCGUUAUACAUAUGUGCUAUAUAUUUGUUGCUGUGUGAGACAACAUGCCUUCCUAGAUUGUAUUUCGGAGCCGUUUGGCGUUUGGAAGGUGGUACCAUGUGGCAUGGACGGACUGCUGAAUAUGCGUGUAUGUAUCGGCGUUACCUGCGGCGUUACCAGAAAUCGACACUUGAUGUGUACUUGAGACGGAGUUAGGCAACAGCCCUGAGCGCAAUAGGCCAUGCCAUUCACAUACAUGCUAUAUGUUCCAGCAUGGUACCCCACGCUUCGCCCAGGUGUCCGCGUUUGUAUUCGGAAUGUUUGGGGGACGCUUUCCCACGCUGCUUAUGAGUUGUUGGCCUUCUUAUUUUGGCUCGAAUAGGUAUUUGUAUAUCGUAGUCCAAUGGACUGGGGUGAUCGUACAGUCGUACACUGCGAUCAUCGCAUUUUGAGCUUCUAAAGGCUUAAAGCCAUACUGUUUGUGCAAGCUCUAUUGCACGGUACCAUGUAUGAUUAUUCAGCGUCGGCAUAACUUGCGGCAGUCCUGAAAGGGACUGCUGGGCUCUAUCUGCCACCAAGGACCUGCUGUUUGGACUGUGGUUUAUCUCGGUUUUACCCUGUGACGGAUAAAUGUACAAGUAUGAUUAAACUUCCAGUAUGAUGAGAGGUCAGUACCAAAUGCUGCUGGUGUCUUACCGUGGGGAUUCCUGGCAGGCGUGGAAGGGUGGCAAACGGUGUCUUCCUUUGUUGUGCACGAAACACCAGCGAGCGUCUCUUUUGCGCAUACACACCGCUUCUUGCUUCUGCAUUGUGCUUGUAAGUUAUGAGCGCAGCAUCCGGGAAUUAGCCUUAGUAUGCUUACCAGGCACAGCUAUGUUGAGAUGCACCAGCGUUGUGAUUACGAACUGCUUAACAGCUACGGACGGCUUGUGCAGGAAGCCUAAAAUAGGGGACAUCCAUGCAAGAUUUUGCCACUUAUGAUGGUUGUAAAGCCUGCCGCCCUCAAA